AUGCAUUUUUCUGUUUCAGUAUCGUUGUUAUGCGGCUCCUUGUUGCCAUUUGUGACUGGUGUUUUGGCUCUGCCAAAGGCUUCUCGUUCAGAGAAGCACUAUGCCAUCAUGGACAAUGAUUGGUAUACGGCAGGUUUUGUACCAUACUUAAUUGCGCUCGAUGGAGAUGUUGAAAUUCUCGGUCUCGCUUCUGAUACUGCAAACACCUGGCAGCCUCAAGUUGCUUUGCACGCUGUCGCAACUCUGGAAGCUGGCAAUCUGAGCUGUAUCCCAGUUUACCCAGGUGCGACUUGGCCGUUGAUCAACACCCCUGAGCGCUUCCAAGCAUGGGAAACCAUUCACGGUAAGUUGCCUUGGGAAGGCGCAUUCGCUCCAGAGAACAAGACCGCUGAGGCUGAGGGUAAUGAUCCCACCUCGGGAAACCCGAACCGUAUUGUGAAGGCGGCUUUCAAGGAAGGAUUUCCCAAGGGCAAGCCAAACAACUCGACCUCGGCGGCAAACUUCAUGGUUGAGAUGGUACACAAGUAUCCUGGUCAAGUGUCAAUUUAUUCUGCUGGAGCUUUGACCAAUGUUGCUUUGGCUGUUCGAAUGGAUCCUCAGUUCGCAUCUCUUGCAAAGAACUUGAUUAUCAUGGGUGGAUAUGUUGACUUGAAUAUGCUCCAAGCUACUGGUAGUAUUCUCCUUGCUGAUUUUCAGUCUGAUAUCAACUUGAUGAUUGACCCUGAGGCCUCCAAAAUCGCGUUGACGGCCGACUUCCCCAAUAUUACUCUCGCUGGAAAUGUCGCCAAUCAGGUGUUCCCCAGCCAGGAGUUCGCCGAUGAGGUAUACUCGGUGCCCAACCCGUAUAGCAAGCUCUUCCAUGAGUACUACGAUCUGUCUUUCCCAUUCUGGGAUGAGACCGCUGCAGCAUUGAUGGUUGAUCCAACUCUUGCUACCAACCAAACUUCAGUGUACCUUGACGUGGAUACUUCUUAUGGCAGUCCCAACUAUGGUAACAUCCACGUCUACCAAAAGGCACUCGCACCUGUUGGUAUUCGAGAAGUCAACUUUGUCUUCCAGGUCGACGAAGACAGACUGAAGCAGCGUAUCAAGCACGCUCUUCAGUAUCCCAAGUCCUGUGCCGACUUGAAUUAG